AUGGUGAGAACGAAAAUGGGUGAACGGAUAAAGGAGCUGGAGACCGAAGUUCGCGACCUAAAAGACAAGCUGGAAUUGAGAGGCGAAGAUGACCAGGAAGAUGUGCCGAUGGCACAGAGAAAACGUUUCACGCGCGUGGAAAUGGCUCGUGUUUUGAUGGAACGCAAUCAGUACAAGGAGAAGUUGAUGGAACUGCAAGAGGCCGUGAAGUGGACAGAAAUGCAGCGUGCAAAGCGUAUGAGUGCUAUCAACGCUAAAAAGAGCAGUGGAAUCUGGGAAUUGUUAGUUUAA